AUGGCUCCCGCAACAGUCAUGGUCCUCUACCCCAAGACCGCAACCUCCACCUUUGACGAGAAAUACUACCUUGCAACGCACAUGCCCCUCGCCGCAAAGCACUGGACCAAGCACGGCCUCAAAAACUUCAAAGUGUCACAGCUCAAUGCCGACGGGCCCUAUGCGUACUCGUCCGUCAUGGAGUGGGAGAGCUACGAGGGCUUUCAGGCUGCGCUAAAGGAUCCCGGUACCAAGGAGAUUAUGGAGGAUGUGCCCAACUUCAGUAACGAGAAGGCGGUUUUGCUGCAUGGUAGUGUUAUUGGGUCGGGUUAG